CAAGCACAGACACACACACACACAUAGACAGCAGAGCCCAGUAGACAAAGUCAGGAAGUGACAUCACCCACAGGAAGAGAAGCCAAACAACUUUUUCUCUCUUUACUGUGUUGUCUGUGCUGCUGAGUGAAGUUGGAGCCUCUUGGUCUGUUAGUGGCCGGCAGAGAGGGAUAGGAUCCAGAGGAGAUAGAGGAGGGCAGAGCAACUGUCCUCUACAGGGAGUUUAAAGUCAAAGCGUCUGGCGCUUGAAAUCUUCCCUGAACUUCCCACGACUUUCCAACACAUUCCAGACCCUCCGCUGCAGGAUUUCAGCCAGAAACGUCCCGCCAUUUAAAAACAAGAGCUCCCUGCAAUCUUGACACGACAGACACUGACCUCCUGUGACCUGUCUUCCGAGCUGAAACCAUCCUGGUUCUGUCUCUCAGGAAGGUCACGCUUUAUCCAACGCAAAACUAAUUAUUAUUCUGGAGAGCUUAUUCUCCCCUUAUCUCAGGGGAAACGACUGAGUCAAUGGCGUUGUGUCUUGGACAAGUGUUCAGCAAAGACAAAACAUUCAGGCCAAGGAAGCGGUUUGAACCGGGCACCCAGCGCUUUGAACUCUACAAGAAGGCCCAGGCCUCGCUAAAGUCUGGCUUGGACUUGAGGAAAGUGGUUCAGCUGCCAGAGGGGGAGAACAUCAACGAUUGGAUUGCUGUUCAUGUGGUGGAUUUCUUCAACAGGAUCAACUUAAUCUAUGGCACGAUGAGCGAGUUCUGCACGGAGCGCACGUGUCCCAUCAUGUCGGGGGGGCUGAGGUACGAGUACAGGUGGCAGGACGGCGACGACUACAAGAAACCCACCAAGCUGCCCGCUCUCAAGUACAUGAACCUGCUGAUGGACUGGAUAGAGUCACUCAUCAAUAAUGAAGACAUCUUCCCCACCAGAGUAGGUGUACCUUUCCCCAAGAACUUCCAGCAGGUGUGCAAGAAGAUCCUGAGCCGUCUCUUCAGGGUGUUUGUGCAUGUUUACAUCCAUCACUUUGACAGCAUCUGCAGCAUGGGUGCAGAGGCCCACAUCAACACCUGUUACAAGCACUACUACUACUUCAUAUCAGAGUUCAACCUCAUUGAUCACUCUGAACUGGAACCCCUGAAAGAGAUGACAGAGAAGAUAUGCAAUUAAACAAAACCACAUGGACAAAGGAGUUUACAUUUUGACGAUAACUGAGCCCCGUGAGAAAUCGGCGGCUUCAAAACACUCAGAACAAAGAACAAUUUUUACAUAAAGUUGAAUGAGUGGUCCUCUAAGCAUAACUGGGAAGGCCUGCUAAUUUACCACACUUCUUCAGAUGGUGGCACUGUGCCUUCACAGAGGUUUUUACUUUCAAUAAUUAUGGUGCUUGAUGCCAUAUUAUAGGACUUUGUAUUUGUGUAUAAUACACUCCUGUACUCAUGUGCUUUUUCUUUCCUCCUGUGCAUGUAUGUUUAUGUUUGACCUUUUUAUUUACCAUUGAGUCCUAUUUUGCUGAACGGAAGUUUGUUUUUUAAUUUGAUGUCAGUGUUUUUUUAUAGUUUGAAUAUAAAAACGCAGCCUCGAAAUGA